ACCGUCCAAAUGUAUUUAGUUUGUCAGAGAAGCACUUAAAACCACAAGAUAAGUCAACCCAAGAGACUUCUUGAAACUGGAGCUCUCUGGCCUAGUUGCUAUAUAAAGCUGCUUGUUUAUGUGGAGUAGAAAUCUCAUGCUGAAGAGAGGUGGAAGACAGAUCUGCGUGUGAAAAGAGUUGGCCUUCAGGUGAACAUUUUAUAUUCAUCAAGAGAAUUUACCAAAUGUCUUCAGCAAAGUUAUAGAUCCACCUUUGACAUGGAGUUUACGAGACGCUACCUUCCGAUGGAGUGGGAAGAGCGAUGGAGGAAAGAAAAGGAGAAAAGGAAAAGAGUGAUUGAAGAAGGUGGAGAAGGGUUAGAGCAAGACAACCGUGAGUUGAGGCGAAUUGUUGCUUACAACAAUUCCAGGAUGGGCCUAGUCAGUCAAGGAGAUAAAACUAAAGAGUCUGGGGUGAGAAAGACUCAAACUAAUACAGACGAUGCCAGUGGACAUAUCAGUGAUGAGGCAUUUGAGGAUAUGGAACAUCAUGUCUGCACAUUCUCAAGCAAAACCUUUUCUAAAGAGAUAUUUAUGACUCUUAAAGAACUGCAGAUUUCCUCUAUUCUUACAGACGUGACUCUGACUACUGAAGACGGCAGCAGCUUUAGUGUACAUUCCCUUAUUCUGGCUGCUGUCAGUGCCUUCAUUCUAGACAAACUUAAGGAAAAAAACAUGGGACAGUCUUACAAUACCCAAGGGAAAGUCACAACGUGGUCGGUGCACCUGGGUAAUGAAGUUGACAAAAUUGGGCUUCAGGCAGUUAUUGAGUUUGCUUACAGUGGAGAUGUACCAAUUUUAAACAAAGACACAUUAACUCAGAUCAAAACUGCAGCUAAAGUACUGGAGGUCCGACGACUGCUGGAUCUCUGCAACAACAUAGAAGAUCAAUGUCCAAAAACAGAACAAGAUAGAAUCUCUGCAGGAGUACAUCUGAAGAAUAUGCUGCGAUCCAUUGAAAGGUUGUUGGAAGACAAAGUUGGGUGUGAUGUAAUUUUGGACCUGGAUGGCAUUUCUUUCCUUGUUCAUAGAGUUAUCCUGGCAGCAAGCAGCGACUACUUUCGUGGGAUGUUCACAUGUGGAAUGAAGGAAUCUCACCAGGCCUGUAUCACUCUUCCCUUUGUACCGGCUUGUGAAUUAGAGGCACUAAUCAGUUGGUCCUACAGCGGGACUCUUCAUCUCAGCUGGAACUGUGUUUUUGAGAUAACCUGCACUGCCCUGCAGCUUCAGUUUCAACCUGCUUUCUUGCUUUGCCUCAAAUUCAUGCGAGAAGAAAUGCAGAUAAACUCGUGUCUAGACGUGGAAUCAUUUGCUGAAGCAUAUGGCUUGUCAGAACUCCUCGAGGAAGCCAAUGACUUUGUACUGAGAAACUUUAGGGACGUGUCAGCAACUCCAAAGUUUCAAGACCUUCCAGCACAGAAGCUCCUGGACUUGCUUCGCUGCGACGGUCUGUGCGUGCCUUCAGAGUUGACUGUAUUUCGUGCUGUAAUCUCCUGGAUUCAGGCAGAUCCCGAAGAGAGGUUGGCCCAUGCUGCUGUACUGAUGAGUGGAGUUCGUUUCCCACUUAUGACUUUUCGUGAGUUCAGGGAGGUCAGAGCAAUUAAUCUACGCAUGGAGUGCUUUGCAGACAAAGAAGUGGAACUCUAUGGAUCCGCUCUCAAAGAAUUUGGGUUCAGCCUCCCAAAGUCUGCUGAAUACUGCCGGAUCAGGCGACCUAAAGAUGUUCUUUGUGUGGUUGGGGGAGAUCAGCUAGAACCAGAUGUGGGUAAACGUAUACCAAGCCAGGAUAUCUGGUUUGCCAACUCUUUGCGCAAUGGCACAGGUUUGGUGAAGGAGAUAGAGUGGAGGAGACUAGGUGAGAUUCCAGACAAGCCAAAGUUCAGACAUGGUGUGGCAGUAAUGGACAGAAGGUUGUUCGUAGCUGGUGGAUGUUACUUUUAUGCCAAGGAUAACAUAAUGACAUCAGCCUACAGCUACGACCCCGUGACUAACACUUGGAAAAGGUUGGCCAACAUGCAGGAGCCAAGAAGUAACUUCUCAUUGGUGGUGCAUGAGGAGCGCCUUUAUGCCAUUGGUGGAGACAAAGAGAUUGACACCAACACAGACAGCGUUGAGAUGUAUAAACCAGAUAGCGACUCAUGGAGCUUGGUCCAUGCUCUGGACCAGGCCCUCAGUGGUUAUGGAGUCUCUGCCCUAAAGGGAGGCAUUUUCAUCUCUGGAGGUUUUAACUGUAAAUAUGUGUGCCUGGUCUCCAUGUUCCUGUACCACCCGGAGAGAGGAAGUGUCUACAUGGCGGACAUGUCCUACGACCGAGCCCAACACUGUAUGGAAGCGUUGAGAGGACGCCUUUACGUUGCCGGUGGGGUGUGUAACCUGAGGAAGUUCUACACCAAUCAGCUAGCCUGUGAGGUGUAUGACCCAGUGACAGACUCUUGGGCUGAUUUUUCCUCGCUGCCAGUGCCCCAUGUUGGUUCUGCCUCAGCUGUCCUGGAGGAGAAGCUCUACGUUCUGGGAGGAUACUGCCAGGACGAUUACAGCGAGUCGGGACUGGUCCAUCGGUUUGACCCCGGCCUCCAGCGGUGGGAGACCAUGGGCAAACUGCCAGGGGCUGUUACUGACAUUAAAGCCUGUCUUCUCCACUUGCCCCAGCAAUUCAGACACUAACCAGACGGUAAUAAUCAUAAACCGUUACAAAAAAUCCAUUCUGUCAUUGGAGUACUGGAAAAUGGAAUUGUAUUUCUCUUCUAUAGCCAAACAAACUGAAAACAGGACUUCUUUCAGCAUUUUCUUGCUAGUUUUCUUUUAUGACAGCCUGAUUUAUUGAGUACAGAUAUCCUGCUUACAUAUCAUCCGUCUUGAGCUGUGAAAAUCUGCAGUUUCUCCAGACUUACUAUGAGACACUUCGCUGCCUCCCUGCCUCGCGUGUUCACUCAUAUUUUCUAAUGAGGCCUUUACACAACAGGAAUUAUACUGAUAUUACCAUAAACGGUAACACUUUAUUUGAAGGGGGUGAAUAAGAGUGUCAUGACUCUUUCAUAAACAUGACAUAACUCCU